GAAAAUAUGGCGGACAGGCUAACGCAACUUCAAGAUGCUGUCAAUUCUCUUGCUGAUCAGUUCUGUAACGCCAUCGGUGUUCUGCAACAAUGUGCGCCACCUGCGUCCUUCAGUAACAUCCAGACAGCAAUCAACAAAGAUCAACCAGCAAAUCCUACUGAAGAAUACGCCCAGCUGUUUGCAGCUCUUAUAGCGAGAACAGCCAAAGAUGUGGACGUUCUGAUUGACUCUCUGCCCAGCGAGGAGUCCACAGCAGCUCUGCAGGCGGCAAGUCUCCGUCAGCUGGAGGAGGAGAACCAUGAAGCAGCAGCUCGUCUGGAGGAGGUGGUUUACCGCGGCGAUAUGCUGCUGGAGAAGAUCCAGAACGCGCUGGCCGACAUCGCCCAGUCUCAGCUCCGCACACGCAACGGCGCGCCCAGCCAACCRUCACCAGCCGAGUCCUGACCCCCCAAGUACCCCAACAAACCCUAACARCCCUACCGACACCCAACCAUCCCCAACAACCUUCAACAACCACCAUCAACCCCAUUUUCAGUCGUUUUCUAUCAAAUCUUGAAGUCAAAGCUAUUAAAGGAGGAAAAUCAAACACUAGAGGCAUUAGUUUUUUUUUUUUUUACAGGUUUUACAGUUUUUAUUUUACAGGACUAAAGUUUUACUUUAAAAGUCUUUUUGUGUCCUUCAACUGAGUCAGUUAAAAAAAACACAGAAAUCCACCCUUUUAAGAUUGAAGAUGCAUUUGUACAUUCAAAAUAUUAAAGAUAUCAUGUUUAUAAAAUGUCUGUAUUGUUUAUGUUGUUACAUUAUUUGCUGUAUAUUUUGUUUGUUUUCGUAUUUGUCUGUUUUGUAUUUAAAAACUCCCCUUCAGUUUGACUCCACUCACUGAAAGCCAACUUAUUUUUGAAUAAACAAAAUACUUGGUU